AUGUCUGACGAAGAACUUGACCUUGAGUGGAAAACUAGCAAUAGACCUCAGUCGAAAAUUGCGCAGAAUUUCUCAAUUGCCCUGAACGAGCUCUUCAAAAUUGACAACUCUUUGUCAGACCUUGAUGCAGCUGUUUGCGAGAAAAAGAAAGCUUUAUCGUCUCAAACCUCGGAGCUUGAAGCGCUUGAGGCCCGCUUGAAAGCAACAGAAGAACGUCUUAAAGCCGCAGGAGUUCAUCCAUGUCCUCCUAUUCCUGCUAGUCAAGAGAGUCCACGUCAACGAGUAGCAUUUCAGAAUUCAAUUACUCCCCCAUCCAUGGCAAAUUUUGCUCGCACCAGCAACAGGAUCCAGCAGCUUCCAACAAGUCGUGGACAAGUCACUACUCAGAGGUCCUAG